CUCGACACCGGGAGCGACAUCGUCUGGCUCCAGUGCGCUCCUUGCCGGAGAUGUUACUCUCAGUCCGACCCGAUCUUCGACCCGAGAAAGUCCCGGACCUACUCCACCAUCCCCUGCUCUUCGCCUCUCUGCCGCCGGCUAGACUCCGCCGGAUGCAACACGCGCCGCCGGACUUGCCUCUACCAAGUCUCCUACGGCGACGGAUCUUUCACCGUCGGCGAUUUUGCCACCGAGACGCUGACUUUCCGACGAAACCGCGUUAAAGGCGUCGCCGUCGGGUGUGGUCACGACAAUGAAGGUCUCUUCGUCGGAGCAGCCGGUUUGUUAGGUCUCGGAAAAGGGAGAUUGUCGUUUCCCGGUCAGACCGGUCGCCGGUUUAAUCAGAAGUUCUCUUACUGUUUAGUCGACAGAUCCGCUUCCUCUAAGCCUUCCUCUGUCGUUUUCGGAAACGGCGCCGUUUCGCGUACAGCGAAGUUCACUCCGCUUUUAUCCAAUCCGAAGCUUGAUACUUUCUACUACGUCGAGCUGCUUGGAAUUAGCGUGGGAGGGACGCGCGUCCCCGGCGUAGCCGCUUCUCUUUUCAAACUCGACCAGAUCGGCAACGGUGGAGUCAUUAUCGACUCGGGUACCUCUGUGACCCGGCUGGUCCGACCCGCUUACAUCGCUAUGAGAGACGCCUUCCGGAUCGGAGCCAAGAGCCUGAAACGAGCGCCUGAUUACUCUCUCUUCGAUACCUGUUUCGAUCUCUCCCAUCAAAACGAGGUUAAAGUCCCGACGGUGGUUUUGCACUUCCGUGGGGCUGACGUGUCACUUCCGGCGACGAAUUAUCUGAUUCCGGUGGAUACUAACGGCAAGUUCUGCUUUGCAUUCGCCGGUACCAUGAGCGGGCUAUCCAUUAUUGGGAACAUCCAGCAACAGGGUUUCCGGGUCGUUUACGAUUUGAUGGGUUCACGAGUCGGGUUUGCUCCACGAGGAUGUGCUUAAUCUUGACCCGACCCGAGCCGGUACGGAUAAUGUACUUUGUUUCCAUUUUCUCAAUUUAUGUUUUAGACGAGAGACCUUUGUUUCUCGGACAAGUGAAUCUUUAGCGGUUGAGUUUAAAUACGUGUUGAUAAAACUUCACGUGUUGUCGGCUGUAUUAUUAGCGUCUUUAUAUGUUUUUAACUCUGGGAUCAAA